AUGCGGCCCAUGUCCGCCAAAGAGUUGCGGGAGGGCGGCGAGGUCUGCGUGGACGUCAUCGGGCCGAAAGCCGAGGUGGUUCUACAACGUGAAGGUUUCCAAGACAAAUCCUUUACCUUUGACCAUGCAUUUGGUUCAGACUCAAGUCAAGUACAAGUCUUCAGAUCUUUGGGCAUCCAAUUGCUGGACAAAGCCUUCUCAGGAUACAACGCCACCAUCUUUGCCUAUGGCCAAACCGGGUCCGGCAAGACCCACACCAUGAUGGCAGAUCGCAAUACCGGCGAAGAUGCGGGGCUGAUUCCCAGGAUUUCCGAGGGGCUCUUUGACCGUGGCGUGUCAAAAGAUCUGUAUGGAGUUAUGGAGUAUCGGGAAUCCAACCUCGCAAUGACCACUGAACCACCAAAUUGGCGUCUCCCAGCCGGAAGCCCCUUGGAGAUGGAAGGGUUGGAGGUGAGCUUCCAGGGCCCAAAGAGUUGGAUGGUUUUAGAUCGGAUCCCGAGGUUUCUGAUCUGUUGUUCUUUCCUGGAGAUCUACAACGAGAUCGUCUUCGAUCUGUUACAACCCAAAGGUACUGCCAUGCCAGCGGGUGGACUCGAGAUUCGAGAAGCCAAGGGUAUGGGAGUUUAUGUCAAGGACUUGCAGGAGAUCGUGGUGGACACCGCAGAGCGAUUACAGCAUUUGAUCAACAAAGGCUUUGCUCAUCGGGCCACAGCUGCGACGCAGAUGAAUGCCACUAGCAGCCGGUCGCACUGCAUUUUCACCAUCAAACUCCAUCAGAAGGACGAUCAUGUGAGCGCCAACAACAACUUCUCGAAGAUGAAUUUGGUGGACUUGGCAGGCUCCGAGCGCGCCUCGCGCACCGGCGCGGAGGGCUCCACCCUGAAGGAGGGUGCGAACAUCAACAAGAGCCUGUCUGCUUUGGGGAACGUGAUCAAUUCCUUGAGCAAAUUGGCGGCUGGAAAUAAGAAGGUCUUCAUCCCCUAUCGAAACUCCAAACUGACACGAGUGCUUCAGGAGUCGCUGGGUGGCAAUGCGCUCACCACCAUGAUGGCGGCCAUCUCCCCAGCAAAGACCAACUGUGAGGAAACGCUUUCCACCUUGAACUAUGCGGCUCGGGCAAAGACCAUCAAGCUCAAUGCGCAGUGUAAGAACGAGGAGGCCGAGCAUUUGUCCAAGUUGGAGGAGGAGGUAGAAAUGCUUCGAGCGAAGUUAGCAGAGGCUGAAGGGGCGAAGAUCGAAAUCGACACCAGUCGCUAUCAGGAGCAGAUCGCUGAGAUGGAACGUUUCAUGAAGCAAACGUGGGAAGACAAGGAACGUGACACGCAGAAGCACGAGGAAGAACGGCGGGCUUUGGAACAGGAAGCAUUGCGCAUUGCCGAGCGUGCCAACGCGGAACACCAAAGGAGAUUGAAGUUAUUGGAAGACAACGGCGAUUUGGAGCUCACCCUCCAGGAGUUGAUGAGUUUGGGCGGCGAAGCCUUCUCCACGUGGCAAUCGCAAAUCACCGACAUCCUGGAAAAGGAGCAGAAGGUGACGAUGCAAUGCCGCGCUGUGGCUGUUUGCAAGGACGCGGCCCUACAUGAUGUGGACACCUGGCUGGAACGUGCGCAAAGCGACGAAGCUGACACUGCGGGUGACAGGAUGCUGCUGUCCCAAGCGGAGAAGAAGGUCGCCUCGAUGUCCCGGGAAUUGGACGUGCUCACUGCAGCUGAGAGGCAACUGGAAGCAGCCAUUGCCUACUUCCUGCCUCUACUGCGGCAAGUGGCAGCCAAAGUGAAGUUGGUGCAGGAUGAUGAACCCAAAGAUGCGAAGCAAACUGAGCAGGAACAAAUUCUUGCUCUAAUGGUUCGUCAGAUGGAUGGUCACCGGGCAAGCGCUUGGAACAAGAUCGCUGAGGAUCAUCGAAACUUGGGCAACUUCGUGGAGAAAAUUCAGGGCUUCCUACGCUGUGCACAGAUGGAUGAGAAGGCAAAGGCGCCCUUGCUGAAGGAUAUGAAAGCCUUCGAGGCUCAAAGUCAUAACGGUCCAGGGCAGGAGGCCUGCAUCGCGCAGGGCAUUCCCAUGGGCAUGGCAUCCGAACAUCUCACGGAAAAGCACAUCAAGGUCACUUCCAACGCGCCUGCGGCGUGUUGUGCACGGCUCUUGGGCGGAACACAGAAGGCCAGCAGCGCCUUUGGUGGCUGGACGCCCAACGCGGACACCAAAGGUGAAUAUAUCCAGCUGGACCUUUGCAACUCGGUGGUUUCUGGGUUAUCCAUCCAAGGGCGACGGCCCGUCUCAGGCAGCCCAGACCAGACUGGCCCUUUGUUGGAGAAACUCCUGGAAUCCUCUGAUCCGCGACCCCCAGGGCGACUCUAUAAGCGUCCACCAGUGCGGCUUAUCCAUGAUGUGUUCAUGAUCGCCCACGCACGGUUUCAUGCCCUAGAUCCCGGUGAACCCAAUUUCAGCCCGUCGCACUUGGACUACGACCAGCUGAACAAAGCGGACCGCUCGGCCAAGGUUGAAUUCUUUGAUCUUCUCCUAUCACGUCUGAAACAAGCUCUGGAAGCCAAGUCCUGGACGAUUCCGCCCCUGAAGUUGACUGCUUCAGACAUCCUGGGCGGUAAGAACACGGUGGAGAGCAACCGCAUGCUGCAGUUGCUUUGCUACUUGGCUCUUCAAAAGAAGAUGGAGACGGAAGAGGACACAGCGGGUAUUUUCAAGCUGGAAGAGCAAUGGGUCACCAAAUUUACCCUCUCCUUCAGCCCUGAUGGAAAGAGUUGGGCCCCAAUGAUGUCUGAGGGCGACAAGCCCAAGGUGCGGGUCUUUGAAGGUCCUGGUAACGGCCAGGAGGUGAAAUACCUCUCCCUGUGGGCCCCAAUGCUGAAGCCAAUCCGUUUCCUUCGACUCACUCCCACAGAAUGGCACGCACAUCCAGGCCUGCGCUUGGAAGUCUUCGGCUUCACGGAGGGAUGCACAUCAGCUGCCCUGACAGAACCACAAGGGCGGCUGGAUGUGGUGCAGAAGCAAACCACCUUGAUGCGGCGCUGCCUGGCGGCGGCGAGCACCUGGGCGACAGAGAAGUGGCGACAGCUGCAGCGGGAAGAGGAGGAGAAGAGUUUACAGGCUCUAGCUGCCAAGUCACAAGUGGAACAACAGCUUCAGGAUGCGCUGAACCAGAUCAAAAAGUUGAGAAAGGAGAACCAGGACAUGGAGCACCAGAUCACGGAACAAGAACAGAAACUGGUGGAUGCAGACACGGAGAAACUACGCCUGACCGUUGAACGGGAGAAGACGGAAGUUCAGGUGAAAGCUUUGGAAGACAAAUUGACAAACAGCAGUGAAAAUGUCCAUGAAGCCACUGGCAAAGUCAGGGAGCUGGAGGACAAAACCGAAGAGAUGCAAAGCACUGUGCAGGACUUGCAGCAACAGCUGAGUGUGCUGACGGAAGAACGAGAUUUGGCACGCGAUUCAGAGGAAGAACUGUGGGAACUUCUCAAUGAGAAGGAAGAUCAGUUGAUGGACACCAAUCAAGGAUAUGUGAAUCUGACGGACCAGUUAAACGAAAUGAGAGAAGAACUGGAAGAGAAGAUCGACGAGCAGGCGCAGCUCAUGGAGGAAUUGGGGGAGCGAAAUCAGCUGCUCAUGGACGAGACGAUGAAGUUGAGAGAAGAAUUGGCCAAGUAUCGGCAAGCACCAGCUGUGGCUCAUGUGGAUGUGCCAAAUUUGUUGUCCUCAAUUGCCGCCACGGGCAAAGCCGUUCAGGGCCUGCCAUCCGAUGGCACUGAGGAGUCAACUGCCUAG